CUACUAAAGUCUAUUUAAGUUAUCCACGUACGGAAAAGUCAAGUUUAUGUUGGGCAAUUACUCACAAAUUAGAUUUUUAAAAUUAUUAGAAUAAAUACGUGCAUAGAAAACAGUUUCAUUUUAACUUAACAGCAUAUCGAUACAUCACGAAACCAUCUAAGCAUAUUUUUGUUUGUAGUUUGAAUAUUAGAAUGACUAUUUCAAAAAUCACCACUCUGGUGAACACAUUUUGGUUGAGAGAACAGAUUUUAUGUCGAGGUUCAUCCUUGACUAAAAGAAAUUUGAAAGUACUUGACACCUCAUGGAUGCCUGAACCCGAGGUUGAUGGCUACAAACAGUUCUAUCAGGAGUCCCAUAUUCCAACAUCGUUAUAUUUUGAUUUGAAAAAAGUCAGCCCACCAGUCCCAGGGUCCAGCAUCAAAUUCCAGAUCCCCAGUACAAACCUGUUUCAAGAAUAUGUGGGAAACUUAGGAAUAACCAACAACACACAUGUGGUAGCUUAUGACAGAUUUAACACAAGGCCAUCAUUUAGAACUUGGUUUCUCUUCAAGCUGUUUGGUCAUGAUAAAGUGUCAGUUCUAAAUGGAGGCUUAAGGAAGUGGUUGACCGAUGGUUUUCAUGUUACCACAGAGGAGCCUGUUGUUGAGAAGGAGCAGUUCAAAGUUAUGUUAAGAAAACACUUACUCAGAGAUUUUGAGGCAAUACAAACAAAUCUUCAGACAGCUCAAGAACAGUUGAUGGAUGCUCGUGGGAUUAAAGACUACUAUGUGACAGAUGAUGGCAACAGUGGCGGACAUAUACCUGGGGCUAAAAAUAUUCCUUUCUCGAGUUUAUUUAACGAAGAUGGUACAGUGAAAGCUGAAAAUGAAUUGAAGAAAUUAUUUGAUGAGGCUGGUAUAAACCUGACCAAGCCAUUGGUCUCAUCCUGUCAAACAGGAAUGACAGCCUGCGGCCUGAUUGCAGCUGCACAUAUCCUGGGUAAAGAUGAUGUCGCCCUGUACAAUGGCUCUUACCAUGAGUGGAGUGCCAGAGCUGAUGCCAGCCAGAUUGUGAAAGAAAAACAAGGGAAGGAGCAUGUUUUAAAUCAAUGAAUGAUCCCCAGGUGUUUGAAUCAAUGAAUGAUCCCCAGGUGUUUGAAUCAAUGAAUGAUCCCUCAGAUGUUGGAAUAAUGAAUAAAUAAAUCAUCUCUCAUGUGAGAACUAAAGGUUCCUCUCUUAGAUGUUUGAAUCAAGAAAUCAUCACUUAAUGAUUUCUACCAUAGGAGAUUGAAUAAAAAAGUCAUCUAUAUAAUGUAACAAAGAUCUGAAAAUGUUUUAAAUUAAACUCUGCCGGUGUAAAAGUUUAGGAAGACUGGACCUUCUCGUGGUACUUUUUUGUCAGCCGCAAACGAUAUUUUGUUUUUGUAGUUUAUGGCAAUCAUUAUGUGCUUUUUAGUUUCAUUAUCUAAUGUACUGAAAAAAUAAUGCAUUUUAACUAAUAAAAUGUCAAAUACA